UCUGUGCUUUACAUCAAACAUUGUUGAGAAUACCAUGUUAAACAUUGUGACCAUGAUGAUUUCUGUCUUUGCAACUUUCAUCUUCCUGGUUUGUACUCCAUCAGCAGCUCUAUUACUCAACAGGCUACCGCUACCUUCACCUCUUACAGGCCCUGAGGCACUUGCAUUUGACAGGAAUGGUUCAGGGCCUUAUGUUAGUUCUUCUGAUGGAAGAAUUUUCAAAUAUGUUGGUCCAAAUGAGGGUUUCCAGGAAUAUGCUUACACUUCCCCUAACAGGAACAAGAUAACUUGUGAUGGCCUUGCUGACUUCUCAACACUCCAAGCUACAUGUGGGAGGCCUUUAGGAUUGGGUUUCAAUCACCAGACAGGGGAAUUGUAUGUAGCUGAUGCCUAUUUUGGGCUUCUCAAGAUUGGUGCCAAUGGAGGGCCUCCAAUCCAGUUAGUUGGACCUGCACAAGGCAAUUCUUCUAUGUUUGCUGAUGGUUUGGAUAUAGACCCUGACACAGGAAUCGUUUAUUUCACUGAAGCCAGUGCUAAUUUCCAGAUCAAAGAUAUCAGUACAAUUCUGACCAGUGGAGAUAGUACUGGAAGACUUCUCAAAUAUGAUCCAAGCACCAACCAAACAACAGUGUUGCUGAGUGAUCUUGCUGUGCCAAAUGGGGUAGCAGUGAGCAGAGAUGGUUCAUUUGUGCUUGUUAGUGAGUUCAUGGAAAACAGGAUCCAGAGAUUCUGGCUGAAAGGGCCAAGAGCAAAUUUAUCAGACACAUUCAUAAGACUUGCAGGAAAACCAGAUAACAUCAAGAGGAAUUCUAGAGGCCAGUUCUGGGUGGCAGUGAAUAGUUAUUUAGGACUGCCUCGCCGCCCGAUCCGUCGAGUUUUGCCUUCAGGAGUUAGAAUCAGUGAGAACGGUUUGGUUUUGCAGGUUGUAUCUCUUGCUCAAGAGUAUGGCACUGAACCAGCAAGUGAGGUUCAAGAGUUUAAUGGGACACUCUAUGCUGGGUCUCUCUUUGUUUCCUAUGCUAGCAUUUUCAUCCCCUAGUUUUUCAAUUACCGCAGCAUUUGUAUGGCUAUGAAGAAUAUAAGAAAUAUAAUAUAAAUAAGAGGAAUUAUUGAUCG